AUGUGCUCCGACGGAGCGGCGAUAGCGGCCACGCCUGGCCGCGGAAACAGGUUUUCGGCAACGGAUAAUGAGUACCAGGUUGUUCUGCCUAGUUUGCCUACAGGUCGGUUGGUUUUAAAUACAGUUUUUUUGCACGCGGACGUAAGCGCUCGCCCCUACAAGGUUGAAGACUUUCGUGACGCCCUGGCUCAGCGGUCGAUACUUCCCGAGGUUAUCGCCUUGGGGGCGUAUCGCAUGAGCCACGUGUGGGCCGUCACCCUGAAGGAUGCGGAGUCAACGAAGAUGUUGGUCAACACUGGUGAGCUGCAAGUGAAAGGCAAGCGCUGCAUUGUCAUCGACCCGGCUAACAGGGAUAUUCGAAUGAAGGUACACUGGCUCCUUCACAGCGUGCCUGACGAGGACUUACGACUUGCCCUCGCGCCCUUCGGCAAGGUCACCGACGUCGUCAAGGAGCGGUGGCGUGCCGAGGGAGUAGCGGACAAGGUAUCCACAACUAGGGUCGUGACCCUCAAGAUGAACGCCGGGGUCAAAAUUGAUGACCUUCCACACCAGCUAAGUGUCUCGGGCGAACUCGCACUUGUCGUUGUGCCGGGAAGGGCUCCGCUCUGCCUUCGCUGUCGUGGCACGGGCCAUAUCCGCCGUGAGUGCCGCAUACCAAGGUGUGGGGUUUGCCGGCGUUUCGGUCACGAAGACCGCCAGUGUCAGCGAACGUACGCCAGCGUGACAGCACCAGGGAGCAGCGAGGACUCAACCGACCUUCUGAUCGAUGAGGCGGACUCGGAGGAAGCCGCGUCUCCGACAAGCGCCCGUGAGGGUGCACCGUCAACGUCGUCUUCUUAUCCGCCGGGUCAACCUGAGAAGCAACCUCUCGCGGCCUCCGUAAGGGAACCCAAAGAUGCGCCUGCCCGAGCCGCCGUGGCCACGGCGGCGAGGAAGGCUAGCACAUCAGAGCCUGUGCCUCAGGCGAGUGUCACUCAACCCGCUAAUGAGUGCAUGGACACUACCCAAGGAUCAGCUAGCGCGGCGGCCGGGAAACGGCCGCAUGAGCAGACCACGAGCAGCGAGCCGCAGCUGGACGAUGGCGGUGGGGACGAGCCACCGACGAAAGCGCCAGGUGUGAGACGCUUUCCUUUCAAACCACGGCCGAACAUUCCGUGUGAACCACGACGGUCGGCGGCAAACCCGCCUCCGUAG